UCUCAUCAUCAAAUCAAAAACUCUCUCAUUCUCUGAAAAUCAAAGCUUCAGAAGAACAGCAAAAGAAAAGUCAACAACACAAGAAGUAUGGAGAAUCUAUUUCGUCUUCUUGAUAACCAAGAUUUCGUCAACAACCGACGGAACAUUUUGAUCAACGGUCCGAUCAUAGUCGGAGCUGGGCCAUCGGGACUGGCCACGGCGGCUUGUCUUAAAGAACAAAGCGUACCUUAUGUGGUGCUCGAAAGAGCCGAUUGUAUAGCUUCGUUGUGGCAGAGAAGAACGUACGACAGGCUUAAACUUCAUCUUCCAAAACAGUUCUGUCAACUCCCCAAGCGUCCUUUCCCAGAAGAGUUUCCCGAGUACCCUUCUAAGAAACAAUUCAUUCAAUACCUUGAGGAUUACGCUAGUCACUUCGAGAUCAAACCCCAGUUCAACGAGUGUGUUCAGUCCGCCAGGUACGACGAGACGAGCGGGUUCUGGCGUGUUAAGACAUCGACCACUAACGAGGCUGGUCGGUCUGAGGUUGAGUACAUUUGCCGGUGGUUGAUUGUGGCUACCGGAGAAAAUGCCGAGUGUGUCGUCCCUGAAAUCGACGGACUCUCUGAGUUCGCCGGUGAAGUUGAGCACGCUUGUGAGUACAAGUCCGGCGAGAAGUACAGGGGAAAGAAAGUUCUCGUCGUGGGUUGUGGGAAUUCCGGGAUGGAGCUCUCUCUUGAUCUCUGCAACCACAAUGCCUUACCUUCAAUGGUGGUUCGAAGCUCGGUUCAUAUCUUGCCCAGAGAAAUUUUCAGAAAAUCAACAUUCGAACUGGCAGUUUUAUUAAUGGCAUGGCUCCCACUCUGGCUCGUAGACAAGCUCCUGUUGUUCUUGUCAUGGUUGGUUCUUGGAAACAUUGAAAAAUAUGGUCUAAAAAGACCUUCAACAGGUCCAUUAACACUAAAAAACACAGAAGGAAAGACCCCAGUUUUAGACAUUGGAACAUUAGAAAAGAUCAAAUCCGGAGAUAUUACAGUCGUCGCCGGAAUCAAGAGAUUCACACGUAACCAAGUCGAACUCGUCGAUGGCAAAACUCUCGACAUUGACUCAGUCAUUCUCGCCACUGGUUAUCGCAGCAACGUUCCUUCAUGGCUUCAGGAAGGUGAAUUUUUCUCCAAAAAUGGAUUCCCCAAAGCCCCAUUUCCACAAGGUUGGAAGGGAAAUGCUGGUCUUUACGCAGUUGGGUUCACAAGGAGAGGGCUCUCUGGUGCUUCCUCAGACGCCAUUAAAAUAGCUCAAGAUAUUGGCAAGGUCUGGAAACUUGAAACCAGACAACAACCCAAGAGAACCACAGCUUGUCACAGACGUUGCAUAUCUCAAAUGUGAAGAAGAAGAAGGAGAAGAAAAAUCCCAAAAAAUCAAAAUCAAAAUCAAAAAAUAAUAAUAACCCAAUUCUCACUAAUUGUUUAGUUGAGGUGUAUAACAACAACGUAAACAAAUACUGUAUAUUACAGAAGAAGAAGAUGAUGACGAAGAAGAAGAAGAAGAAAAUUAACCCCAAAAAAACUGGAACACAUAGCACAGUAAUAGCCCUCUCCAAAGGCCCAAUUAUUAUUAUUAUUAUUAUUAUUAUUAAUUUUUUUUUUAGUAGAUUUUUGUUUUGAUCGUUUUUAACUCUUAGAGGUGUUCGGGCAUUUUGUAAUCUGAGGAUGACGAGGCUUUUACUUUUAUUAUUUCUUUCUUUUGUUCUUUCCUUUUACUGUUCUUUGUACUAUACUUCAAUAAAAGCAAUAAUCAAGAUCAAACAUUUCUCUCUCAAAA